AUGCUAUCAGAAUAUGUUGACAAUCUUGAGUCCCCCCCUCCGCACUCGGCUUCCGCAUCUUCUCUCUUGCCUGGAACCGCAGUAAUCGCAGCCUCGGGCUCAGAUGAUCUGAUUAUCACACAACUCCCGCCUCCCCCUCCUCCUCCUCCUCCAUCACCGCACCACACCGCAAACCUCCCCCCCGUCCUUCAGCUCACGCCUCAUCCGCGCGCCCGACCACGAGCGCAGGCUGCGGCUGCUGGGUUCCGCGCCAGGGCAGGCUCCACGAGCGUUGUCAGGAGGCUGGUGGAUUAUCAUGGGGUGCCGGUUGAUGGGGCUGGGUACGGGGCCCCGUCACCACUGGUGAGGGCGAUGCGCAGGGGGCAUGUGGAGACGGUGAGGUGGCUGCUGCAGGCGGGGGCGCGGGCGCCAGGGAUGGGGAUGUGGAUUGGGGGGGGGGGGAGGGGGAUGCAUAAUCAGAGCACGCAGGCGGCGGGGAUGGAGGCGCUGUUGGUGGAGUAUCGUGGCAGGGCUCGGAAGUAG